CACAAACUAUUGCUCAUAAUCAUAAUACUGUGAUUUAUCAAAAUAAAAUCUUAUCCAUUACGGAGUUAUACUCUACCACAGUGCCCAAGUCUUAUAUCAACAAAUAAACCAAUCAUAAAUUACAGGCAUAAAAGGCCUUAAUUUGAGGAUUUCAAAUUCCUGAAUUAGAACAUAUUUUUAUCAUCUUCGGUUUCUCAUGAAGCUCCGAAUUCUUGUAUAAUGAUGACUGAUAACUGUAUUAUGUAUUAAACUAUGCAUGUUGUUUUAUUAACACGUGACUCUGUAUACGACGGCAUCUAUUCAACUUAUUGUAAUUCUUAAUAGCCUAAAAAGAAAGCGAACCAAAAUAAAAUGAUAUUAAGAUAUAAAACAUGGAAUAAAGGCGGUAUAUUUAGCGUAUAUUGGGGUUAAUAUAAUGCUAAAAAUUUCGAGCGUGAUAAAGAGUAAAUAUAUUAACACGUACAUCUAAUAUCUAGAGGGCUUCAGAAUGACAGUCUGCACAAUUUCCACUAUUUGUUAAAUUUUUCAUGAAAUGAUGUUAUCUUGGUUUGACUGCCUUUAAUUUUCUUCCAGCAGAAUUAUAUAAAGGCCUACAUCUAGCGUUAGGAUAAACUCACUAGGCAUGCAUGACAUGUACAUCCCCAACUGACUUGCCUGAGAAAUUCUUCAAUGAUGGCCUGCAGGAUGGUUGUCUAUCUAUAACACUCCUUUAGCUGAUGAUCUGCAAUUGGGACAGUCCUGGUGUUUCCAAAGUUCUGAACAAAAUCAGCCAGUUUAGGAAAAAAUGCCGGUAGCGUUUACCUUUAUUGGUUUGUCCACGUAGAAUUUCGCAGGUGGUACUUUUCUUUACCUACAGUUUUACCAAAUUAAAAUUCCACCCAUCUGCUAAUAUGAUUAUGUUGACGUGAAGCCGUUAAGAAAGGUAGAAUACAGAUUGCUUAGUCAGUCUCCCAUAAAAAUAAACACCUAAAAUGGUAAGACAGCCCAACUAAAGCACUGUUCUCUGAAGAAUCAUGUCACUGCUGUUGUCUAGUCAGUAAUACAACUUCAUUCUUAAAUAUUAAAGUAGAUUACUUACACUAUGGAGCUAGCUGUUUGCCGCUAUGCAGUCAAUCUUUAUUGAGUAAGAGAACGUCAUAUAACCACUAUUUCUUUACUUAGCAGUUCUUUGGGUGAUAACGUUAUGUUAGCAUGACAACCAGUUCUUACCAGCAUUUGUCGGUUGAGACAUCUAUUUCGCAAGGGUUUACGCUUGUCCCUACUUGAUAAAAGCUGGAUUGAUAAAGCAAGGUUACAACCCUUAAAGUCGUGUUCGAUUCGCCAAAAUAAAUGUAAUUAUUAUAGAUGUGGGAGUGUAUCCGUCAUGUGUAUUCACCAAAGAUUAUUAGAAGGCAUCUUAAUGUCCGUAAAAUUACAAUUUUAGUGAAUAUAUUACAUGCUGCGAUUGUAUACAUUUAUCAUUCAAAAAAUUACUUUAUUAAGUACUACCAGUAGCCAGAUAGUACGUUUAACUAAUACAGUUUAUUUCAUAAGUUGUUACAUUGGUUGCUAAUUAUUAUAGAAGUUUAAAAUUUCUGAUGACAUUUUUAGUAAUAUUUUUUGUCUAUUAACUAUAUAAGCAAUAUAUGUUUUUCCGUGAAUGUUUUUAUAACCAGGUUUAUUCGUAAUUAUUUUAGAUUGAUCCUUCUGUGAAUAAUGGAGGAAAAUGCACAACGCAAAGUUAUUAAACAGCGUCUAAAACAAUUUUAUGGAAGUGAUGUCGGAAACUCUGUGGAUAAUGAUCCAUUAAAUAUUGACAGCUCUUCCUUUGACAUACAUAUGUACUUAGACAAAAGCUUCAAAACUAAAGAUCUUUCUGAUCUGAUGUCUGAAGAAAAAGCUUUAAGUGAACAAAUUCGCAGCUUGGAUUCUGAUAUGCAAACAUUAGUGUAUGACAAUUACAGUAAAUUUAUCAACGCAACAGACACAAUUAGAAUGAUGAAAUCCAAUUUCAGUUAUGUUCGCGCAGAAAUGAAUUCAUUAUUACAGAAUAUUGACUCCAUUGUCUCACUUUCUGAAGUAAUCAAUGAAAACUUAACAGACAAACGGAAGAAGCUGAGAACGCUAACAGCAACUCACCUGACUUUGAAUAAACUGAACUAUUUAGUUGAACUGCCAGUUAGCUUGAGAAAUUAUAUGAAUAAAUGUGAAUGGGAACAGACUGUGGCUGAUCUUAAUAAGGCGAAAUUCAUUUUAAAAAGUUAUCAUAAUACCCCGUCAUUCAAAAGUAUUCGGGAAGAUUGUGCUGAGAUUCUUACAGAAAUAUGUGCAAGACUUUGGCGUCAGUUUGAUGAAUCCAGUGAUGCAGUUGAAUGUUCCAGUCACUUAAAAUUUUUGCAGCAGCUUGGGUUUUCCAGAAAAAAGUUAUCAACGGCCUUGCUACGUUUAACUAAACGUCAAAUUAACCAACGUUUGGCUUAUAUGAAGAUUUUGGUGUGUGAAGGUGACAAAUCAAAUAUUCCCAAAAAUGAGGUCUUUCAUCCUACCGAAAAUAAUGUUGAUUCUUCUUUGCAAGAAGCUAUUUCAGAUGAAAUGGAUAUAUUAUAUUUCGCCAAUCUCGUAACUGAUUCUGUCCUUAUUGAGCUAUCCGCCUUUAUUGGAGUACUGUCUGAUAUAUACUUCACAGAUGACAGUGAACCUAUGGAUACCAUUUUGGAUAUUAUAUCGGGUAAGGCGGAGAAUAAUACCCCAGAAACUGAAGUUAUUUGCAUUGAAGAACAAUUGGCAAGUUUAGUUGAAGAGUUGAUGCGCGAAUUUUUCAUUUUGGUUCGAAGUCGUUUUGAGCUAGAGAGCACAAACACAGAUAUUAACUUACUGAUUAGAGCUUUAGAUCGUAUCCACAGUCGAGUACAAGCAUUUAACCGGUCACUGUUAACAUCAAUCACUUCUGUAGAUAUUGAUGAUGAAUCGGUAGAUGAGAUGAACUCUGAAUCAUCACUAUCUAUUAUGAAUCGUUUUUCUUCAUUGACCAGUCAAUUUUCAAAUUCUGUACUGGAAAUAAUUAAUCAAGUUGCCCGAGCACAAACUACAUAUUAUUUUGAUAUAUUAUGUCAAAAUGCUGUUGAAUCAUUCACAGAUCUUCGUCAUAAACUAGCCAGUCACGGAUUACAAACACUGACAUCGAAUACAACGAAUGAAGAAUUUACUAAAAUGAAUAUGAUGGAAAAUGAUAAUCGUCAGCUUGCUACACUUUUUGAUGCUCUUAAUGCAUCGCUUGUUUCUCAGCUGCGUAAUGUAUUGAAAUCUGAAGAGGCAUUUCUAAAUACUGAAAGUACAUUUUCCAGUGAACCACAAUUUCGUAAUUGUUUUUGCAUUGAUCAAAUUCGAGAAGGUCUUAUAGUUGGAUAUCUGAACUUUCUUGUGCAAUUCCUCAGUGAUCUUGCGAAGACGGCUGUGUGUAAAAUUCCUGGUCCAAUUUUACUCAUUCUUGCAAAAAUGUGUUUAACAUGGGCGAAUUCUGGUACAGUCGGGCAUUUAAUGUCUUUAGCCGAUGAGUUCAUGUUAUGCGGUGCACAAAAUAAAGAAAUAAGCGAAGAUUUCCUGUCUGAUAAUGGAAGUCGAUCACUCACCACUUCGAAAGAUGUAUCAGAUCGUUUCAGAACUACUGGUAACGAACUUCUGAUUGCUUUUGUCCGACUGGAAGGUACAAACUUGGCACAGUUGCUGCGGAAGAGUGUAGAAGCAAGGGAUUGGCUGAAAAACUUGGAACCACGUUCGGUUCGUUCAGCUGUUAAGAGAGUGAUAGAAGAUCUGGUUUUAUUAGAUCAUCAAGUUAGUCAGUUAUUUGCAUCUUGCACACGUAAUCGUGAUCGAAUUUCUGACUCACGUUCAAGUCGUAGUCUACGGCCUAGUACUUCAUCGCAUUAUAUAGAUGCUACACGAUCCGGCGGUUCUGGACAAGGCAUUCAUUGUGCUGAUUUAGAUCCAACUCUAGCUACUCAUUUACGUCGUCUUUUCACUCAGAGAGUAGACAUUUUUGCUGCAGUUGAUGCCAACCGGGAAUCAUUGCUUCUGGGUGUUAUUAAAAUAGGUCUGAAGACUUUAAUAGAGUGUGUACGCUUGCAAACAUUCGGUCGUUAUGGUUUACAACAAAUACAAGUUGAUUGCCGAUAUCUACAAAUACAUUUAUGGCAUUUCGUGAACGACGAGAAGCUUAUUUGUAUGUUAUUGGAAGAUGUAAUAUACAGCGUCGUUCAGCGUUGUGUAGACCCGUGUUUCAUGGAAGAGAGUGUUGUUGAAGCAAUAUGCAGAAAUAGUGAUAGUGAAUUUUGGACGCAGCCGCGCAUUACAAAAAGGUCGUUACGCGUGGUUCUUGACAAAACUGAAAUAUAUGCACAGAAAGAAUGGUAUAGUUCAUGUGGAAACUCGAAAACCUCUAAAGAAACUGCUCAACAACUUUGUGUCUAACAGGUGCGAAUUUAGAAGAUACCCCAAGUUCUCUCCGUAGUUGUUAUCCUGCAAUCCAAUUCACAUUAGAGGAGUCUGAUUAAAAAAUAGCCUCCUUGGAUGUUUAACUCACGGGACGUGACAACAGGACAUUGAAAAGACCCAUCCACAAAAGGCCGAAAUAAAACGAACAACUUACGAUCUUCUACAGUUAAAUGCUUAUACAUACAAAACUGAAUCUGGUCCGGUCAAUGAGUCGAAGGACCCGCAACAUUUUCAUCCCUAACACCAAUGAAUAGAAGCUGAACGGUUUAAAAGGUGCCUAUCGCAAAUGGCUA